AUGGGCCAUAAAAGCUUUAAAAAAGAUAAAAGAGAAAUUGGGAUUGAAAUUGACAAAGUAACAGAUGUAACAAAUGUAGAAUUUCCGGGUCAUUUUUAUGGAGAAGAACAUUCAUGGGAUAUUGAAGAAUUUAAAAAAAAAUUUCAUAUUGAAAAUAUUGUUCAACGAUCACCUUAUGAUAUGGAAUUUGAUCUUAUUGGAAUAGACUGUUCAAUUGUUAAUGCUUUUCGACGUAUAUUAAUUGCAGAAAUCCCUACAAUAGCAAUUGAAUAUGUUUUUGUUAAUAAUAAUACAAGUAUUAUUCAAGAUGAGAUUCUUGCACAAAGGCUUGGAUUAAUUCCUAUAAAAGCGAAUCCUGAUUUUUUUACAUGGUUUACUAAGCCUGAUGCAAAUCAGGAACCUAGGCCUACUGAUUAUGAUACUGUUGUUUUAUCACUUAAAGUAGCAUGUACUAAAAAUCCUAAAGCAUCAGAGAACGAGAGAGAUCCAGAAAAAUUAUAUAUUAAUUCUAAUGUUUAUAGUGGAGAUAUUCAAUGGCAGCCAGCUGGUCGUCAAAUAGAAUUGUUUAAAGAUGAUCCAAUAAAAGCUGUUCAUGAUAAGAUAUUAAUUGCGAAAUUACGACCUGGACAGGAAAUUGACGUUACAAUGCACUGUAUAUUAGGUAUUGGCCAAGAUCAUGCAAAAUUUAGUCCAGUAUCAACAUCAUCUUAUCGACUUUUACCAACGAUUCAUAUUUUAGAACCAAUUUAUGAUGAUGAUGCCGAAAAAUUUGCACUUUGUUUUUCAAAAGGCGUUAUAGAUAUUGUUUUGGAUGAACAAAAUAGAAAAGUGGCUAAAGUAGCAAAUCCAAGAAAUGACACUGUUUCUAGAGAAUGUCUUCGGCAUGAUGAAUUUAAAGAUAAAGUAAAACUUGGACGAGUACGAGAUCAUUUUAUUUUUAGUAUUGAAAGUACGGGUAUUAUGACUUCUGAUGAAUUGUUUUUAAAAAGCAUUUAUGUUUUAAAAGAAAAGUGUUUAUUAAUCAAAAAUGUCUUACAAGAUAUGUUGUCGUAA